CCAUUUAAAGACAGAUCACUCUGACGAAAUAAUGUUCUCUGACGGUCGUGUUUUAUCUAAUAACCUUUAUCGAGUGCACUAAAGAGAAUGUCGUCUGAUGGGAAACCCGGUGUAAUACCUGUUGCAAAAGCUGGAUUCGUUGAUGGAGGUAACUACGAGACGUAUCGUCCUGGAUAUACAGACGAAGUUGUUAAAGAAGUCAUUUCAAUGGCAACGGACUCCGUGGAAUCCUGUGAUGAUGAUUGUGAGUACGACAUCUUAGAGUUAGGAGCGGGAACAGGCAAAUUUACAGAAUGCUUGUUCAAACUCUGUCCUCAGGGAAUGAAAGUACUUGUUACAGAACCCUCUUCUGAUUUCGUCAAAACGUUGGAAGAAAAAAAUCCUGGUGUGAAUACAAGGCAGUGUAGUGCAAACAACAUACCACUUCCUGACAAUUCUGUUAAAGCUAUAAUUGCUGCCCAGUGCUUUCAUUGGUUUGCAAACGAUGAAAACAUUACCGAAAUCGUCCGAGUGUUGAAACCUGGAGGGAAUUUCGUUCUAGUUUGGAACAUUUUAGAUGAGAAAUCACUUUUAAAUGCCGAUUUCCAAAAAUUUAUUUUAAAAUGGAUAAAGGACACACCCCAGUAUUAUGACAUGAGAUGGGAAAAAUUUCUUGACAGUUGUGACAAGGUUCGCUUGGUUUCAAGAAAAUGUUUUGAUGGACCUGCUUUCAAAGGUUCUAUUGAUCAUCUAGUGCGUUUAAGGACUACAUUCAGUUACAUUCAAAGCCUUGAGGACGAUCAGAAAGAGAAAGCAUGCGAAGAAAUACGAGAAUUCUAUGAAAACCAUCCUGAGGGAAAAGGGAAGGAAUUUCUCACUCAUCCCAUGAUUACAGACGUCAUACACUACAAAAUCUCGAAAAAAUAAAUAAAUUAUAAUUAUACAUUAUUUCUAGUCAUCACUAUUUCAAACAUCUCACCAUCUCAUUGAGAACAGAAGCAUGUGUGUUUACUCUGAAUUUUAUACAUGUGAUGAAGAAUAAAAUUAAAUAUCAAAAGCUUGAUAUACUAUUUUUAUUUAAUAACAGAGUUUAAGUUUAUCGCUUUGUGAAGAUGCAUGGAUAUUAAGUUUUGUGAUUGUUAAGGACAGUUUACUUGACAAUUUUUAAUUAGUGUUCCUCAAUUGAAACUUGACAUUCUAGAUGUUGUUUUUAAUGAAACUUUGAAUUGUAAAACAAUGUAUUCUCCGGAAAAUAAGAAAAAACACAGUGCACAAGCCAAAACGUAACCCAAAUAACAUUUAGAUAUGCUUGGAGAUUAUUUUGUUAGGAUGUUUAAUGUCAUAAUUUGAAGUAAAGUCUUCUAAAUAUCAUAUAUUACUUCCGAAGCUUGUAAAUUGGAAUCAAAACUGAGCUGGAAAUAUAAAGAUAUAAUUUGUAAUACUUUGAACAACCUUAAAGAUGCAAAAAUCAAAGUAUUUUGUUUAAAUACUGACAAUCACUAUAAAUUGUGCCUCAAUUAUACAUAGAAAACCAAAAUCAACAUAUAUCAAAGCCCUAAUAAUCAUUGCUGUAUAGAUUUAAUAUCAUUUUUAAAUUAAGCCAGAGUAUAUCAAAGCCAUAAUUAUUAUUACUAUAUAAAUUGUGUGUACCAUAUGUUUCAGUAGACAUUAUAACUACAAAGAUAUUUGUUAAGUGCAUGCAAAUACUAUCUCUAAUUUUAUUAUUAAAAACUAUUUAAUAUUUCUCUGGUCUUGAUUAUGAGAUCUUUAAUACUGUAAGUCCUUUCAAUUUCAUGGUGUUAAGAUUUUACGAUUUUUCAAAGUACACAUCGUGAUUACUUUAAUUUCUCGCUGCAAAAUAUUAAUCAAAGGUUCAUAUAAGCAUUAAACACUUUUAAAAAGUAAUGUUAGCAUUCACGCUGGGAUUUAUUUCGUGGAAAACUGAUAAAUCGCGAUCAAAACGAUAUUAAAACCAUCGUGGCUGUUGCCUAUCUACAGUAUAUUUUUUGUAUUAUUUUCAAGACAUGUCAUUUUGUGCACAGACAAGUAAGCUGGAAAGAGGGAUGUCUCAGUUUUUUUUCGAAAGAUCUUGUUUCCAAUUUCAUUUAUUACAUAUACAUGUAUUCUGCUAUUGUCUGCAUAUCAUUUUUUUUUCGCUUUUCUAAUUGGAUAAGGUUUUAAUCCAAGGCAGGUUUCAGACAAAUUAGUUGAUUUUAGAAGGAUUCAAAUAACCUUGCUAAAUAGAAGAAUUUUUUUUAAUCGUAGGAUUUAUAAAUUUUAGAUAAUCUUGUUUACAAAUAUAACCUAUCACUGAGUCAAAUAUUGACUGACAUAAUUUCAUAUCUACAGUUAGGCCUAUUGUUUCUUUCCGAUUAUUUGUCUUGAUGAGUAUGAAAGAAGUGUUAACUGGAAUGUUUUCAUUUAGCUAGUGAUAUGAUUGUACCUAUAUGAAACGUCUGGGUCAAUUUGUAUGCUCUGUUAUUUGUAUUGUUUGUAGUAUUUUAGAGGUAGAUCCAUUUUUAUUUAAAGCGUAAUUAAAGCGCAAA